AUCUUCACCCGUCUCUUCGGCUCUUUUGCCGCUCCUUCUCCCACCAUGUCCGCCGCUGCUAAGACUAAGGCCCAGACCUUGAUUAAUGAGAAUGGCGUUGUCGUCUUCUCCAAAUCCUACUGCCCCUACUGCCAAGCAAGCAAGAACUUGCUGAAUGAGCUCGGCGCUAAGUACACUGCUCUUGAGUUGGAUCAGCUGCCCGACGGAGCCGACCUCCAGGACGCCCUCCAGGAAAUCUCCAGCCAGCGCACCGUCCCCAACAUCUUCAUUAGCCAGAAGCACAUUGGUGGUAACUCGGACUUGCAGAGCAAGAAGGGUGCGGAACUGCAGGGUUUGUUGGAGGCUGCUGGAGCUUUGUAG